AUGUACGGCACAAACACCGGACCACAGACGGGCGUGUCUACACCUAGAUCCUCUUCUUCUCUCCGUCCCCUAACACUCUCACACGGGUCGCUCGAGGCUUCGUUCCUUGUUCCCACAAACCUACAUUUCCAUGCCUCAGAACUCAAGGACCGUUUCACAGCCGGUCUACCUACCCCUACCGAUGAAUUGGCCCAAGAUGACGAACCAUCGUCUGUAGCCGAGCUUGUGGCUCGCUAUAUGGGCUUUGUAGCCAACGAAGUAGAAGAGGGGGAAGAUGAUGCCCAGGGGUCCUAUGAAGAAGUCUUGAAGCUUGUUCUUAACGAGUUUGAGCGCAUGUACCUUAGAGGCAACGAUGUCCACGCCUUAGCCAAGACGUUACCUGGUAUCCUUGAGAAGCAGAUAACAGUUGUAAAGAGCUACUACGCUGCCCGCUCCGUUGCCAAUCGGGCAAUGAAGCCGCACGAAUCCGCCUUGUUCAGAGCCGCUGACGAAGGAUCCACAACGAUUUACAGCAUCUUCGGAGGUCAGGGAAACAUCGUCGAGUACUUUGACGAGCUUCGCGAAGUAUACAAUACCUAUCCUUCAUUUGUGGGCGAGUUGAUUACACGAUCAGCAGAGCUCCUUCACAAUUUGGCGCGGGAUCCUCGGGCUCAGAAACUGUAUGCGAAGGGUAUUGAUGUUCUUGAAUGGCUGCAGUCGCCAGAUGCGACGCCUCAUAAUGACUAUCUGGUAUCUGCACCUGUCAGUUUCCCAUUGAUUGGUUUAGUGCAGCUAUGCCAUUACCAGAUUCUCGGAAAGGGCUUGGGCGUUCACCCUGGUAUUUUACGAGAUCGUAUACAGGGUGCUACGGGUCAUUCACAAGGUGUUGUGGUCGCCGCAGCUACGGCAGCUGCCGACUCUUGGGAGUCGUUUGAGAAAUAUGCUAGCUACGCAUUAACAAUUCUAUUCUGGAUUGGUGCUCGGAGUCAGCAAGUAUUUCCGAAGACCUCUUUAACGCCAAAAACUUUACGAGAUUCAGUCGAUAAUGGCGAGGGUGAACCAACGCCUAUGUUGAGUAUUCGUGACUUACCCCAAAAUGAGGUCCAAAAGCAUAUUGAUGCGACGAAUCAAUAUUUACCCAAGGACCAACAUAUCGCCAUCUCGUUAGUCAACAGUCCAAGAAACAUGGUUGUAACUGGACCUCCCAUCUCGCUAUACGGUCUUAAUCUGCAAUUACGAAAGGUUAAGGCUCCGACAGGGCUAGAUCAGAACAGGAUCCCGCACACAGAACGCAAAGUACGCUUUGUGAAUCGCUUCUUACCUAUCACUGCGCCAUUCCACAGUAAAUAUCUUGCCGAUGCAACCAAACUAAUCGAUCAAGACUUGAAAGAUAUCAAGAUUGACGUAUCAUCGCUUGGAAUUGCGGUUUACAACACAUGCAGUGGUGCAGAUUUGAGGUCUACCGUCCAAGGCGACAUUGUCCCAUCCCUAGUGCGAAUGAUCACGCGAGAUUCCGUGCAGUGGGAAAAAGCAACCCAGUUUCCCGAGGCGACUCACGUUCUUGACUUCGGCCCAGGUGGUAUCUCAGGUCUUGGCGUCCUAACCAGCCGUAAUAAGGAGGGUACAGGCGUACGUGUCAUUCUGGCUGGAGCUGUUGAUGGCUCCGCGCAAGAAAUCGGAUACAAGUCUGAACUCUUUGACCGUGACGAAGAGCAUGCAAUCGUCUAUGCCGACGAUUGGGUCAAAAAAUAUGGCCCCCGUCUUGUGAAGGCAUCCACUGGCAAAGUCUAUGUAGACACCAAGAUGAGUAGAUUGCUCGGAAUCCCGCCAAUCGUCGUUGCUGGUAUGACUCCUACCACUGUCCCUUGGGAUUUUGUAGCUGCAACGAUGAAGGCUGGUUACCAGAUCGAGCUGGGUGGUGGUGGAUACUACAAUGCUAAGACAAUGUCUGAAGCGUUGAACAAGAUUGAACAGGCUGUUCCCGCAGGACGUGGUAUCGCCGUCAACCUGAUAUACGUUAAUCCGAGGGCCAUGGGCUGGCAAAUACCACUACUCGCCCGUCUCCGAUCUGAGGGUGUUCCCAUUGAGGGGCUGACCAUUGGUGCGGGUGUUCCAUCAAUCGAGGUUGCUCAGGAAUACAUCGAGACCUUGGGUCUGAAGCAUAUAUCCUUCAAGCCCGGGUCCUUAGAAGCAAUUCAAGCAGUUAUCAACAUUGCCAAGGCAAAUCCCACGUUUCCCGUCAUUCUUCAGUGGACUGGUGGUCGAGGUGGAGGCCAUCAUUCCUUCGAAGACUUUCAUCAACCAAUUCUCCAAAUGUACGGUCGUAUCAGACGAUCAGACAACAUCAUUUUGGUAGCUGGAAGUGGAUUUGGUGGUUCUGAGGACACUUACCCCUACCUUACUGGUGAUUGGUCAAAGAAAUACGGUUAUCCCGCCAUGCCGUUCGACGGCUGUCUUUUUGGUAGCCGUAUGAUGGUCGCUAAAGAAGCGCAUACCAGCAAAGCUGCUAAGCAAGCUAUUGUCGAUGCAGAAGGUCUGGAUGACGACCAAUGGGAGAAAACUUACAAGGGUCCAGCUGGCGGUGUGAUUACCGUAAGGUCAGAGAUGGGAGAGCCGAUUCACAAGCUUGCUACCCGAGGCGUCUGUUUUUGGGCGGAAAUGGACCAGAAGAUCUUCAGCUUGCCCAAGGAGAAGCGCGUAGCAGAGCUUAAGAAGAAUCGUGAUUAUAUCAUCAAGAAGCUCAACGACGAUUUCCAAAAGGUUUGGUUCGGCCGCAACAAGGCUGGAGAGACAGUAGAUCUUGAGGACAUGACCUACGGCGAAGUGGUGCGACGUAUGGUCGAGCUUCUUUACGUAAAGCAUGAGGCCCGUUGGAUUGAUCCCUCCUAUAAGAAAUUGAUGGGUGAUUUCAUCCAUCGUCUGGAGGAGCGGUUCACCACUAGUCCAAACCAGCCGUCUAUGUUGCAGAACUACGCGGAUCUCAAUGACCCUUUCCCAUGCAUUGAGAAGAUUUUGGGCCAGUAUUCUGAGGCUGAUGCUCAGAUUAUCAACGCUCAAGAUGUACAGCACUUCCUACUCCUGUGCCAGCGCCGUGGUCAGAAGCCCGUAACUUUUGUUCCUGCACUAGACGAGAACUUUGAGUUCUUUUUCAAGAAGGAUUCUCUUUGGCAGUCAGAAGAUUUGGAAGCAGUCAUCGGCCAAGAUGUCGGUCGUACCUGUAUUUUGCAAGGCCCUAUGGCCGCCAAAUUCUCGACCAAAAUAGACGAGCCCGUCAAGGACAUUUUGGAUGGCAUCCACAACGGACUCGUUUCCAAGCUGACCAACGACGUCUACGGAGAUAGCAUCAACUCAAUCCCAACCAUUGAGUAUUUCGGUGGUAAGCUCAUUGAAACAGAGGCGCCAUCAGAUCUUGAAGGCCUCGUUAUCUCUGAAGAUGAGCAAAAGAAUACAUACCGACUGUCUUCAUCUCCCACUGCUACAUUGCCCUCGGUCGAAAGUUGGCUAUCCCUGCUAGCUGGCCCACGCCGUGGUUGGCGGCACGCACUUUUUACGUCAGAGGUUGUCGUUCAGGGAAAGAAAUACCAGACAAAUCCAAUGAAGAGGAUUUUUGCACCUGUUCGUGGGCUCUUUGUCGAGAUUCAACAUCCCGAUGAACCCGCAAAGACUUCCAUCCUUGUGCGUGAACAACCUCGUCACAACCACUACCAAGAUGUGAUUGAGGUUAAAUUCGAUGGAAAGAGUGAGGUAACUGUCAGUAUGAUCAAGGAGACCACUGCCCUAGGAAAGCCUGUCUCCCUUCCCCUUAGAUUCGUUUACCGGCCAGAGGCUGGCUAUGCCCCUAUUCAUGAAGUCAUGGAGGGUCGCAACGACCGGAUCAAAGAGUUUUAUUGGCGGGCAUGGUUUGGCAAUGACGCAUUCGACCUCAACGGCGAUGUUCAUUCGCAGUUUGACGGCGGUAAAGCCACCAUCACCAGCAACGAAAUCCACGACUUUGUGCACGCUGUUGGUAAUACAGGUGAGGCGUUUGUCGACCGCCCAGGCAAAACCAUGCUUGCCCCUAUGGACUUUGCCAUCGUUGUCGGAUGGAAAGCAAUCACAAAGCCGAUCUUCCCUCGCAAGAUCGAUGGUGAUCUUCUAAAACUCGUUCAUCUGUCUAACGGGUUUCGUAUGAUGCCUGGUGCAGAUCCUUUGCAGAAAGGCGAUAUCGUCAAAACAACUGCUCAGAUCAACGCCGUCAUCAACCAAGAUUCUGGCAAAAUGGUGGAAGUCUGCGGUACCAUCUAUAGAGGUGGCGCGGCAGUCAUGGAGGUCACAUCACAGUUUUUGUAUCGGGGCGUGUAUACCGAUUACGAGAAUACAUUCCAACGUAAACUCGAAACUCCAAUGCAAGUUCACCUGGAUACGUCGAAGGAUGUUGCUGUGUUGCGAUCAAAGGACUGGAUCCAGCUUGACAAUAACGAUAUUGAGCUGCUAGGCCAGACAUUGACGUUUCGCCUUCAAAGUCUAGUCACUUUCAAGAACAAGACUGUUUUUAACACAGUGGCGACCAGCGGCCAAGUCCUACUUGAGCUUCCCACCAAAGAAAUCAUUCAGAUUGGUAGCGUAGAUUACGAAGCUGGCGUUUCUCACGGAAAUCCUGUUCUCGAUUAUCUUGAACGCCAUGGUUCAUCCAUCGAGCAACCCAUCUUGUUUGAGAACCCAAUUCCCCUGAGUGGCAAGACACCUCUUCUUCUGAAGGCACCCGCCUCGAAUGAGACUUAUGCCAAAGUCUCCGGUGACUACAAUCCCAUCCACGUUUCCCGGGUUUUCUCCAGCUAUGCCAAUUUACCAGGUACAAUCACGCAUGGCAUGUACUCAAGUGCAGCCGUCCGAAGCUUGGUUGAGACAUGGGCUGCCGAGAAUAAUGUUGGCCGGGUCCGAAGCUUCCACGCUUCCUUGGUUGGGAUGGUCCUUCCUAACGACGACAUUGAGGUUAAACUUCAGCAUGUCGGAAUGAUUGGUGGCCGAAAGAUUAUCAAAGUCGAAGCCAGCAACAAAGAAACAGAAGAGAAGGUCCUUCUGGGUGAAGCCGAGGUUGAGCAGCCGGUCACAGCUUACGUCUUCACUGGUCAAGGUUCCCAAGAACAAGGUAUGGGUAUGGACCUGUACGCAUCUAGUCCAGUUGCCAAGGAGGUGUGGGAUAGAGCCGAUAAGUACCUCCUAGAUACAUACGGCUUCUCGAUCCUAAAUAUUGUCAAAAAUAACCCAAGAGAGCUCACCGUCCAUUUUGGCGGUCCCCGUGGUAAAGCCAUUCGAGAGAAUUACAUGCAAAUGAAUUUCGAGACGAUUGGCGCCGACGGAACUGUAAAGUCUGAGCGUAUCUUCAAGGAAAUCAAUGAAAAAACGACAUCCUAUACCUACCGUUCACCUGCGGGCCUAUUGUCGGCUACCCAGUUUACCCAACCCGCCUUGACACUUAUGGAGAAAGCCAGUUUUGAAGAUAUGAACGCCAAAGGUCUAGUGCCACGAGAUAGCACAUUUGCCGGUCACUCGCUAGGAGAGUACUCGGCUCUUGCCGCUCUUGCCAACGUGCUCCCUAUUGAAUCCUUAGUAUCUGUGGUUUUCUAUCGUGGAUUAACUAUGCAAGUGGCUGUCGAGCGAGAUGCACAAGGACGAUCUAACUACUCAAUGUGCGCUGUGAAUCCCAGCCGCAUUUCUAAGACAUUUGGAGAACCCGCUCUUCGUUUCUUGGUUCGUAGCAUUGCCGAGGAGACUGGCUGGCUCUUGGAGAUUGUCAACUACAACAUUGCCAAUAUGCAAUAUGUGUGCGCUGGGGAUCUUCGUGCUCUCGAUACGCUAACUAGUGUUACAAACUUCUUAAAGGCCAAGAAAGUCGACACCAACCAGUUGCUCAACAAUGUCAGCAGCGAGGAGUUGAAGCAGCAGCUUGCCGACAUCAUCAAAGGCGCUGCGCAACAAACGUUAGCGAAGCCACGGCCACUUGAACUAGAGCGAGGCUUUGCCACGAUCCCAUUGAAGGGUAUUGACGUGCCAUUCCACUCUACCUUCUUACGAUCUGGUGUCAAGCCUUUCCGCAAUAUCUUGCUGAAGAAGAUUAAUAAGACCUCAAUUGACCCUUCCAAGCUUGUCGGGAAAUACAUUCCUAACGUCACGGCUCGUCCGUUCGAACUCACAAAAGAGUACUUCCAAGACGUGUACAACUUGACCAGCUCGCCCAAGAUUGCCCAGAUUCUCCAGAAUUGGGACAGCUACCAGGACGAGACAAGCAAAGUUAAUGGCGUUAAUGGAGGUGAUGUCACUGAGGUCUUAGUCAAUGGUCAGCAUUGA